GCUGGGACAGCUGCGGCCCGAGCCGCGGCAGGAUGGAGAGCUGGUGCGCCCGGCCGUGGGGAGCAGUCACGCGACAGAGGGGUGCUAGAGAAGUGGACAAGGGGGUCCGCGCCCAGCUGUGGAGUUGGCGAUGCCCUUGAUAUAAAUGUCAGAUGCAGGUAGCCCAGAGAUGGAAGAAUGGAGACAGACAAGCAUGAAGAACAUGGAGAAGGAACUGCUGUGCCCAGUGUGCCAAGAGAUGUACAAGCAGCCGCUCGUGCUGCCCUGUACCCACAACGUGUGCCAAGCCUGUGCCCGGGAGCUGUUGGGGCAGCAGGGCUACAUAGGCCACGGGUGCGACCCCAGUUCGGAGCCCACUUCUCCGGCUUCCACCCCUUCCACCCGCAGCCCCCGCCUUUCCCGGAGAACUCUCCCCAAGCCAGAUCGUUUGGACCGGCUGCUUAAGUCAGGCUUCGGGACAUAUCCCGGGAGGAAGCGAGGUGCCUUGCACCCCCAGGUGAUCAUGUUUCCGUGCCCAGCCUGCCAGGGCGACGUGGAGCUGGGGGAGCGGGGCCUCGCAGGGCUUUUCCGGAAUCUGACUCUGGAGCGCGUGGUGGAGCGGUACCGGCAGAGCGUGAGCGUGGGGGGCGCCAUCCUGUGCCAGCUGUGCAAGCCCCCCCCACUGGAAGCCACCAAGGGCUGCACGGAGUGUCGCGCCACCUUCUGCAAUGAGUGCUUCAAGCUCUUCCACCCCUGGGGCACUCAGAAGGCCCAGCACGAGCCCACCCUACCCACCCUCUCCUUCCGCCCUAAGGGCCUGAUGUGCCCUGAUCAUAAGGAAGAGGUGACCCACUACUGCAAGACCUGUCAACGGCUGGUAUGCCAACUCUGCAGGGUGCGGCGCACCCACAGCGGGCACAAGAUCACACCAGUGCUCAGCGCCUACCAGGCUCUCAAGGAGAAGCUGGCAAAGAGCCUGACAUACAUCUUGGGAAAUCAGGACACGGUGCAGACCCAGAUCUGUGAGCUGGAGGAGACCAUCAGGCACACUGAGGUGGCUGGACAGCAGGCAAAGGAGGAAGUGUCACAGCUGGUCCUAGGACUGGGCGCCGUGCUGGAGGAGAAACGGGCCUCGCUGCUUCAGGCCAUUGAAGAGUGCCAGCAAGAACGCUUGGCCCGGCUCAGCACCCAGAUCCAGGAGCACCGGAGCCUGCUGGACGGCUCAGGUCUGGUGGGUUAUGCCCAGGAAGUGCUUAAGGAAACCGACCAGCCUUGCUUUGUUCAAGCAGCCAAGCAGCUGCACAGCAGGAUUGCCCGAGCCACCGAGGCCCUCCAGACAUUCCGGCCAGUUGCCAGCUCCAACUUCCGCCAUUGCCAGCUGGACGUGGGGCGUGAGAUGAAGCUGCUGACAGAGCUGAACUUCCUGAGAGUGCCCGAAGCUCCUGUCAUCGACACCCAGCGCACCUUUGCCUACGACCAGAUCUUCCUGUGCUGGCGGCUGCCCCCCCACUCGCCACCCGCCUGGCACUACACUGUUGAGUUCCGGCGCACGGACGUGCCUGCCCAGCCAGGUCCUACCCGCUGGCAGCGGCGGGAGGAGGUGAGGGGCACGAGCGCUCUUCUGGAGAACCCCGACAUAGGCUCCGUGUAUGUGCUGCGCGUCCGUGGCUGCAACAAGGCGGGCUACGGGGAGUACAGCGAGGACGUGCACCUGCACACGCCGCCCGCGCCCGUCCUGCACUUCUUCCUUGAUGGCCGCUGGGGUGCCAGCCGAGAGCGGCUGGCCAUCAGCAAGGACCAGCGAGCGGUGCGGAGUGUUCCGGGGCUGCCCCUGCUGUUGGCUGCUGACCGGCUGCUCACGGGCUGCCACCUGAGUGUGGACGUGGUCCUGGGCGAUGUGGCUGUGACCCAGGGCCGCAGCUACUGGGCCUGUGUCGUAGACCCUGCCUCCUACUUGGUCAAGGUGGGCGUCGGGCUGGAGAGCAAGCUUCAGGAAAGCUUCCAGGGUGCCCCCGAUGUGAUCAGCCCCAGGUACGACCCGGACAGUGGGCAUGACAGCGGUGCUGAGGAUGCCACCGUGGAGGCCUCGCCGCCCUUUGCUUUCCUGACCAUUGGCAUGGGCAAGAUCCUGCUGGGCUCUGGAGCGAGCUCAAAUGCAGGGCUGACAGGGCGGGAUGGCCCGACAGCCAGCUGCACGGUGCCCCUGCCACCCCGCCUGGGCAUCUGCCUGGACUACGAGCGGGGCCGGGUUUCCUUCCUGGAUGCUGUGUCCUUCCGCGGACUCCUGGAGUGCCCGCUGGACUGCUCGGGGCCCGUGUGCCCUGCCUUCUGCUUCAUUGGUGGGGGUGCGGUACAGCUGCAAGAGCCUGUGGGCACCAAGCCUGAGAGGAAAGUCACCAUUGGGGGCUUUGCCAAACUGGACUGAGCCUUCCAGGCCCCUCUUUCAAAACUAAGCCCUGAUCUCCCCUCCCCCCGAGCCUCCUGGGCACUCGGUUAUUCCCCAGCAGCUUGUCCCCCAAACUACCCUCUCUUGCGGUCCCUUCCCCUCGGUCUGUCUUUCCGGGGUUUCCUCCUGACCAGGCCUCUUCUCCCUUCUGGACGUCCUCCAGUCUCUCGGUGCCUGUUGGCCCACACGCACCAAGUCUCUGCCUCAUGCCUUUCCCUCGGCAUCGUCACCGAGGCACCGGGAGAUUCCCUACCACAUCCUCGGCCUGUGCCCCUGAGGCUGACUGGGAGGGAGGGCACCUGGAACACCGGGCAUGAUUGCCAGCUCUGCCCUUCGCCUUGCCAAGCUCCUUGCCCGACUGCUGCGGAACUACAACCUUGGGCAGGAAGGCUUUGGGCCUCCCUGGUAUGGGAGGGGAGACCCGAUUCUGCUUAAUUUAUUUGGGUCUCCCUACUCCCCAGUCGCAUGUCUCUACGUCCCUCUCCUUCUUGCAUGCUUUUCUUGUCCUGCACCCAUGCCAACGUGCCAUGUCUCCCUUGGCACUCACGCUCAGGCUGGGUAUAUGUUGGGCUGGGCCAGGUCUGGCCUCUGGUGCCCGCUGCUGCCUCCUUGAGGCACUGCUAGGCCUGUGCUGACAAUAGCUGUACUUUUCAUGGUUUAUAAACAAUAAACUGUGACUCCGAGCACA